CCCACCCUCUCCUCUGUGCCCCUCUCCGCCCUGUCUCCCUCCUAGGUGAAGGAAGAUGAUUUCCCCCCCCAUCUUGACCACCCCCCAGCCUUCGCCGCCAAAAACGGACUCCGCCGGCUUUCCUAGGCCCGGUACCAGUUGUUGGAUCCAAGAGAAUUCCGGAACCCAAACGGUGACACACCGCUUCCUUUCUCUACCGGAGCGCGGUGUGGUGGCAGCAGGCACGGCCUCGAGAUGCAGAACGAAGCUGGCGAGUUCGUGGACCUGUACGUGCCGCGGAAAUGCUCCGCCAGCAACCGCAUCAUCAGCGCCAAGGACCACGCAUCCAUCCAGUUGAACGUGGCCGAGGUUGACAAGUUCACAGGCAGGUUUAACGGCCAGUUUAAAACGCACGCUAUCUGCGGGGCCAUACGUAGGAUGGGUGAAUCAGAGGAUUCCAUUCUGCGAUUGGCCAAGGCUGAUGGCAUCAUCUCAAAGGACUUUUGACUGGAGAGAAUCGUAGAUGUGGAGUAUUUGUCGUAAAUAAAUAGUGAAAACCUAAAA